UAAAUAUAUUAAAUAAUAACAAUGUCUCCGGUGACACUAAUUGCAAGUGCAAUUCUGUGCGAAUUAAUUGUGGCGUCAGGCACGAUGUUGAAUAUUCAUGAAACCAAAAUUCCAAAAAUAUCUGCACUGCAUCAAAAGGCUCUUGAAAUUUUGAAAGUGACUAGUAAGAACUCUCUCAAGACCGUCCAAGUUAUGUCCAUGGAUUCGUCAGCUUCUGAAUUUCCUUUGGCCGCACUAACCUCACUGACGUUAGGUCAGCCAGUGUCGAUUGUCCUAACUCGCAAUAUUACCGACAGAGUCGAUCUUUCCAUCGUCCAAGUGACGUUUCGCCGUGAUCACGUGGUUAACGCAAUUUCGUCAUUGACUCCCUUUAUCAAUGAAAAUGAAAAGGUGAUAAUACUCGUUAGGGUCAAUAGCACGAUUAAGGAAACAAUGAUAGAAUCUUGGUUGGACACGACUUUUUCAGUUUUAUGGGUAGCUCUCAUUCGUGACGUUGCUAUCGUAGUAGAAAUCAAAGACUCAAAUGCCUCGAGCGCCAGAAAAAAGUUAAGAACACCAGAGACUCUUGAAAACAAAAUACGAGACAGUGAUUACAAGAAUUUUACAGGAAAUGCUGAAAAUUUGGAUGGUCCCUGGAAAGUCGAAGUAAAUGAUAAUGGAUCGACAGAAGUAUCGUGGCAGGACUCUACAUCUGAAGAACAUAAUUCCACUAUACUGGUAUACAGUUACCAACCGUACAUGACGAAGGCUCUGCAAAAAAUCCCUAAACCAAAACUGAAGACCCUGUUCGAUGUAAAAGUGGAGAACAUGGCUGGUCAAGAUUUACGUGUUGGGGGUCGCGUCAUGGAUUUGAUUUUUUAUGACGAUGACGAAGAAUAUGACUCUCCCUCGAGAAGUUUGUCCCCGUUGAUUGGUAUUUUGGCUGAGAAACUUAAUGCCACCAUAAAGCAUCUGUACACACAGAAUUCUGACACCAUAAUCCGCAAUGGCACUUUAAACACACUGUAUCGUCACUUGAUGAACGGUGAGCUGGACUUGACCGUGUCAGCCGCAUUUAUGUAUCCUGAAUUGAGUGGCAUGUUCAGUAUGACCUAUCCAAGAAAAAGAGUUGAUCUGCGUUUCGUUCUGCCUAGAUACUUGUACGAAGAUGUGACAUACAGGAACGUGUUGGGUGGGAAAGUUAGUAAAUUUCUCCUGCUGAUGAUCAUCACCUUAAUCAUGACCCUGACCUUCAUCCUGACUACAAAAAAGAUCCUGCGACUCCAGAUAGAGGUGGACUUUUUGACCAGUCUGAUAAAGACCAUCUUCAAUCAGAGUACGGAAUUGUCUUACACUGCAAAGUCGACCACCCUGAGGGUCGCCUUGGGCUCCUGGAUACUAUACACGAGUCUAUUCUCUCUGCGCUUGCAGACUAUGGUCACCUCUAGAAUCAUAAAGCCUUACGGUCAACAGACCAUUGACACUUUGGCAGAUUUGCGUGACAGUGACAUCAGGAUUGUCAUAAGGGAAGAUCAUUUGGAAUACGUAAUGACUCAUGCCGAGGAAGAAAUAAGAAAUAUUGUCUCGGAGAAAUCUCUGAAGACUAGUAAUCGCACGAUUUUCGCAACACCUGAUUCUCGCUUGGGUUACAUGUUGCCUAACCAGUUGGCGUAUUACGCAAUGUCAAUGUCGUUCCGUGACUUUAAGGGUCGAUCGAUUUUCAAAAUUCUUCGCGAAGCAAUGUUACCAAAUUUCGAAACGUACUACCUACGAAAAGGUUCGCCCUUUCUUCGGCAAUUCGACAAAAUUCUCUCUAGCCUCGCCGAGUUUGGGAUUUUGCGCUAUUGGGACGACAACAGCGAUUACAGAAUGUUACUUAAGGUCGUCAUACCCAAAAGUUCAAAAGAUAUCUGCUCCAGAUGUGUGAAGCUGGGCAAUUUAAAGUCAGUCUUUUUUUUCUUAACGAUAGGAUUAGUCACAGCGUUAAUUGCAUUCAUUUAUGAAGUUGCCACUGGCACUAGUUCUAACUCCAGGCGUGGCAACUGUUUUUUAUUCUAAUAUCGAACGAAUCCGACCUAUCAAAUCGGAAUCCCUUCACCAAUUAAUAAAUUGGGAGACUCA